AUGGGCAAGGCUAAAAAGACUCGAAAGUUUGCUGAAGUCAAACGAACACUCAAUCCAAAAGAUGCCAGAUUAAAGACUAACAAGGCAAAGAUCGAAAAGAAACAACAGGACAAGGACAAGCAGCUUGUUCGACAUGUACCACAAGUAGCAUCUUCCAUGUUCUUCCGAUACAACACGGCCCUAACUCCUCCAUACAAUGUCAUUGUCGACACCAAUUUCAUCAACUUCUCAAUCCAAAACAAACUCGAGCUCGUGAAAGCAAUGAUGGACUGCCUAUUUGCGAAGUGCACUGUGUGCAUAACGGACUGUGUAAUGGCCGAAUUGGAGAAGCUGGGGCCGAAAUAUCGCAUUGCUCUGAGGAUUGCACGAGACUCUCGCUUUGAACGUCUACCAUGCACUCACAAGGGUACUUAUGCGGAUGAUUGUAUUGUUGCAAGAGUUAUGCAGCACAACUGCUAUAUCGUGGCUACAUGCGAUCGUGAUCUAAAGAGACGUAUUCGCAAAGUGCCUGGAAUACCCAUCAUGUAUAUCGCAAACCACAAGUAUGCCAUCGAGAGGCUGCCUGAUGGGAUGGUGUAG